UGUUCGCACGGACGGCGCGAUGGCGGCUGCAGAGGCCCCCGAGGUCCUGCAGCAGUGCGGCUGCAAGGGCAUCCGGACCUGUCUGAUCUGCGAGGGGCAGCGCUGCGGUGACCCGCCUUGGCAGCUGUCCCCGCAGAAAACACACCAUUUCCUUUACUGCUCGGACUCUGGCUGGGCCGUGGGGGCUGAGGACUCUGACUUUGAGGGCUGGGCCUUCCCAUUUCCAGGGGUGACCCUGAUCGAGGACUUUGUGACCAGGGAGGAAGAAGCCGAGAUGGUGCGUCUUAUGGAUCGCGACCCCUGGAAGCUUUCUCAGUCGGGGCGGAGGAAGCAGGACUACGGCCCCAGAGUCAACUUUCGGAAACAGAAGCUAAAGAUGGCGGGCUUCUGCGGCCUCCCGAGCUUCAGCCGCGAGGUGGUGCGGAGGAUGGGGCUGUACCCCGGGCUGGAGGGUUUCCAGCCCGUCGAGCAGUGCAACCUGGACUACUGCCCCGAGCGGGGCUCCGCCAUCGACCCCCACCUGGACGACGCCUGGCUGUGGGGGGAGCGGCUGGUGAGCCUCAACCUCCUGUCCCCCACCGUGGUGUCCAUGCACCGGGAGGCACCUGGCAGCCUGCUACUCUGCGCGGCCCCCUCUGCCGAGGCCCUCGGGGACAGCGUGAUCGCCCCCAGUAGGUCCGUUCCGUGCCAGGAGGUGGAGGUGGCCAUCCCCGUACCCUGCCGGUCCCUGCUGGUGCUCGCUGGGGCCGCACGCCACCAGUGGACACACGCCAUCCAUCGCAGGCACAUCGAGGCCCGCCGCGUCUGCGCCACCUUCAGGGAGCUGUCAGCUGAGUUCGGCCCAGGGGGCGCGCAGCAGGACCUGGGCCGAGAGCUCCUGCAAAUGGCACUCUCCUUCCAAGGCAGGCCCGUGUGAGCUGCGUCCCGGGACAGGAGCCCGAGCAGGGCCUGGCCAGAGUCCAGCCCCAGCACUGACCACGGCCCGGGACUGAAGUGGGAGCCUGUGUGUGUGGUGCUGGGGACUGAAACCAGGGGUGGUUUACCACUGAGCUACGGCCAGGCCCUUUUUAAUUUUUU